CCCGUCUACCGGUACUCACACAGAUCGGCCACAUAUGUCUGCCCAGCUUCCCACUCGUACGAUCGGCGACACACAGGUCACCGCCGUCGGCUUCGGUGUAAUGGGCCUGUCUGUGGCCUACAGUAAGCCCUUGCCCGACGAAGAACGCUUGAAGCUCCUCGACACUGUCUACGAGCACGGCUGCACGAACUGGGACACGGCUGACGUCUACAGCGACAACGAAGAACUGCUCGGCAAGUGGUUCGCACGCACCGGCAAGCGAAGCGAGAUCUUCCUUGCGACCAAGUUCGGCUUCAAGUUCGGUACGAACACCAGUACCAUCGACGGCUCACCCGAGUACGUGCGCGAGAGGUUCGGAAGGUCGCUGCGUCUACUCGGCACGGAGUACGUCGACCUCCUCUACCUGCACCGUCCGGCCCUGGACACUCCCAUCGAGAUUACAGUUGGCGCCAUGGCUGAGCUCGUUAAGACGGGCAAGGUGCGGUAUCUCGGCCUGUCAGACUGCUCUGAGGCGACGCUCCGCCGCGCGCACGCCGUGCACCCGAUCGCGGCACUGCAGGUCGAGUACUCCCCAUUCACACUCGACAUCGAGGACGAGAAGAUCGGACUGUACAGGGCAUGCCAGGAGCUUGGCGUUGCCAUCGUCGUGUACGCCCCGCUCGCCCGCGGGCUCCUCACCGGCCAAUUCCAAUCACCCGACGACUUUGCGGAGGGUGACUUCCGACGAGCGAUUCCACGGUAUUCGCGCGAGAACUUCCCGAAGAUCCUCAAGCUCGUCGAGGAUUUGAAAGCGAUUGGCGCAAAGUACGGCGCGACGCCGAGUCAGGUGAUGCUUGCGUGGCUACUCGCACAGGCGGGCAACGUGAUCCCCAUCCCUGGCACCACCAAGGAGAAGUAUUUAAAAGAGAACCUGGCUGCGCUGAAUAUCAGGCUCUCGCCGGAAGACUUGCAGGAAGUGCGGAAGGUCGCAGAAGCGGCGAACGCAUCUUCCAUGGGAGCUCGUUACCCAGAGUUCAUGAUGAAGUUUGCGUAUGCAGACACGCCGGAGUUGCAAUGAAACAUCUUCGCCCCACUGAUUGCUGCAAACAUGUACAUCUAUGACAGACAUUCCGAUGAUAUCUCACCCCC